CUUGAACAUUCCAAGCCAAUCUCUCCCCUCAGCUGCCCGAAAUCAUGCCGAGGUUCCUCUCGUCUCCGGCCCACUCCCCUCGAGCGGCAGCUUCUCAACUCCCAGCCAAUGAGAUCACCACUCUCAAUCCAUUCCCUGCCGACAUCAUCGAUAUCAUCUUUGACCAUCUUGAAGCGGUAAUCCCUAUCACGCUCGCCUGCCUUUCCAAAUCAUGUUAUGACAAAAUUAUCCCUAAAAUCUACCGAAAUGUGACGAUCUCCAAGAAGAAUGCCACGAAAGUAUUCUACGGUAUGUGUUCCGACCAGACCGCAGAACUGCCGUACCCGUAUGGAGGUUUCCUCUUCUCCACGAGGAAGGCUGAGGCGUUCAAGCAUACUACACGGGUGGCUUUUCAAGACAUUUGGGCUGCAGAGGCCAUUGUUAUGGCUGCGAGAGAAUACCCUACACACGAAUUCGGCUUCAUGGCGAAAGAAAACAGCUAUCCUAUGCUGUUCCCAUCGGUAAAGUACGUACUUUUGGGGAAAGACAUACUGCGCUCUCUACCAGACACUGCUCAGGAUGUCAACAUAGCGGAGCAGCGCCGGUGGGAGACAAAUCAUGUGAUGAGUGUAGACAAUAUCAAGAAAAUGGAAUGGAUCGAGCAUCAUGGGAAUUACUACGUCACAGCGGGCGAGUUUGAAGAUCUUCUGUUUCGCAUGGUCGAUCCAGAAAUUGUAUGUUUUGACAUGAUGUAUGUCGAUUCGUCAAAGGGGAACAGCUAUAAUGGGGCUUUAGUCACCGAUUCUCUCAAUUUGCACCCGCCUAAAGGUCGAGUCGUUAUCCACUGGUUCUUCUAUGAUCCACUGGACCAACGUCCUCUAUUCGGAGAGCUUGAACCUUCAAUCCUUAUCAGUAUCGUCUUUCACACUUCUCCUCCUCCCAACGAACCUAUUUCCGAUCCCGAAAUUGCCGCAGCUUUCAAAGCCUUCUCCCAGCUGUCACCCAUAUUGCAGGCGAAAGAAUUGGCUUUAGCUGUGGAUAAACUUAUCGAGGAGAUCCUGAUGUACGGUCAGCUUGUAGGCCAGGACAGAUUACCAGGGCCCGAAGAGACACAGUCAUGUGAGAUUGAGCUUUGUAUGCCGAAUGCAAAGAUGGUGAGGGAUAUAUGGAAAGGGACAGGGACGGAGUUGUCGGAAAUGUGGGUUAGGUUCACUACGGAAUGGGAGAAGAUUAUAAAGUUUAAGGAUUUGGAGGAUAUGGAGCCUUGUGGGGCUUGUGGAAGGAAAUAAGCGGUUCGAAACUGCUUAGGAAUCAGAUGUAUUUCUUUACAUGAGAUACGAUCUUGGAGUAUAUGAUACGAACAUAGAUUGGCCAAUAGAUAUUCAUUCACACCAUUUCAUUUCAUUUCAUUUCCAUUAUAAAGCACAUAGAGUUUGUCCCAUCAUGAAAAGAUCC